AUGGGUCAACAAUACUCUCCGGAGGGCAACGCUGGCUCAGAGGACCCGUUGAACUCCUACCCCAACCCUCCACUAUCGCCAUUCAUUCCGAGCAGUUGGCGAGGCAAACCGCCUGUCGAAGGACCCCCUAUUAUCGGGCCGCCUACUGGAACUUCUCAAGUCGCAGGCGAAUCUAUCUUGGACAAGAGGAAGAAUCAAUCAAACCCGACCAAUGCUCCAAUGGACAAACCAGGAGAUUCCAGUACGACAAUGUACAAGCUAGAGUCCAUUGAGCUAGACGACAUGAUCUCUCGGCUCCUGGAUACGGCACAUUCAACCAAAUCCAACAAGACGGUGCGUCUUAACAAUUUCGAGAUCACCACCAUCUGCGUCUUAUCUCGCGAACUCCUCCUUUCCGAGCCCACUCUCUUAGAGUUACCCGCCCCCAUUAAGGUCGUGGGCGAUAUCCACGGCCAAUAUACCGAUCUCAUCCGAAUAUUCCAAACAUCUGGAUAUCCGCCGGAAUCGAACUAUCUUUUCCUCGGCAACUACGUAGACCCAGGAAGACUGAGCCUGGAGACCAUCCUCCUACUCCUAUGCUAUAAAAUCAAAUACCCGGAGAACGUCUUCCUGCUCCGUGGCAACCACGAGUGCGGAAGCGUUUGCAGAAUGUCUGGCUUCUAUGACCAGUGCAAGCGACGACACAAUAAGAAGAUCUGGAAGUAUUUCAUCGACACUUUCGACUGCCUUCCUAUCGCGGCAAUAGUAUCCGGCAAGAUCUUCUGCGUUCACGGCGGGCUGUCGCCUGAUCUAUUACAUAUGGACGAUAUUCGUGAUAUCGCUCGUCCUACUGAUGUACCCGACGAUGGGCUGCUGACCGAUCUUCUAUGGAGUGACCCGGCAAGUGGCAUGGAGGAAGACUGGGAGCCUAAUGACCGUGGCGUGAGCUACUUCUUCAGUGAAAAGGUUAUUAAAAGCUUUCUGGACCGACAUGGUUUUGAUUUGGUGUGCCGGUCCAAUAUGGUUGUCGAGGAUGGGUUUGAGUUCUAUCAGGGCCGGACUCUAGUGACCAUCUUCUCAGCCCCAAAUUAUUGCGGCGGCGAGUUCAACAACUUGGGCGCUAUCAUGUCCGUUUCGGAGGACCUUCUCUAUAAGUUUGAGUUGAUAGAGCCGCCAGACUUGACUGCAUCAAAAAAUCACAAGGGUCAAAUAAAGCAAGAUAACAUGCUAAACAAACCUGUGAUAUAA